UGGCCACUUUGUAAGGUCAUGCCCCAGGAACCAAUCCUCUGUUGUUUCGAAGGAUUUACGACUGUUUCUGGGCUAUAGUUUACACUUGUUUAGUCUCUCACGAAGUCGUCAUGCCGCAGUACUACGAGGGGAAAGUGGAGGAGCAGGUAGCUUGUGCUGGCAUCAAGGAGGACUUGAAGGCUUGUCUGCUGCAGCACGACUGCAUUCUUCGGGAAGGUAAAAGUGCAGCAGAGUGCUUAAAAGAAGGCCACUGCAAAGCAUUACAAGUCUCCUUCUUUGAAUGUAAACGGUCAAUCCUGGACAACAGAGCACGAUUCAGGGGAAGAAAAGGCUACUGAUCUGAACUCGUAUCAUGGAUCAAACUCAACUAUGCGACAACUGAAGCAGCAGCCCAAGUACUUUAAUAGUGAACUCCAGUGAAAGAGGUACUGAGAUGUGUAGACCCUAACAGUCACUGAAAAAUGAAGAUAUGGCACUACAGUUUCAGUUUCCUAACAAGGACACUGAAGAGCAGAGCUCCAAAUCCAAACAUGUGGUGAAAACCAAAUCUAUUUUACAAUCGCGGUCUAUUUAUUAUAUACCUAAACGCAUGCAGGAUGACAAAUUUUAUCUUGGGAGGAUUAUCACUUGUGUUAAUCACUGCAAUACUUGUAAAUACAUGUCAUUUUUUUACUUUAAUUUUGAAAAAGUGUGCUAAAUAAACAAGCUGUUUAUGUGGUAA